UCUAAUACCUACCUGUUUAAUUACACACUUAACUUUCUAUUUUAUCACACCAACCAACGCUGGGCCGGCCUAGGUUUCUAGAUUUCUAGCUUUCUAGAUUCCUAGAUUGUCUAAGCGAACCCGCAGUUCCGGGCUAUCGCCACUAAUCUUUUUUCCUCUUCUUCUGUCAUACAUAACCACAGGACAAGAAGUGAACGAGCUCCGGCUCCGUCGCAUUCUUCGACAAACAUCUAUCGAUUAGUCCAGCGCCAAAACCGACGCGAUGGCUUGGUCGAAAACUACCCGGAUCAGCAUCAUGCUGGCUAUUGAUGUCGUCUUCUUUCUCGUGGAGUUGAUAUCGGGUUUUAUGGUCCAUUCCUUGGCUUUGAUGGCAGACGCGUUCCACAUGCUGAACGAUAUCAUCUCGCUGAUUAUUGGUCUGUGGGCCGUAACUGUCGCCAAGAGAGAAACUACCAACAAAUUUUCUUACGGCUGGGUUCGCGCCGAAAUCCUCGGUGCUGCUUUCAACGCUGUUUUCCUAAUCGCCCUUUGCGUCUCUAUCAUUCUCGAAGCGUUAACUCGGUUCAUCGAGCCUCAGGAAGUCUCGAACCCGAAACUCAUUCUUAUCGUGGGCUGCUGCGGGCUGGCUUCGAAUCUAGUCGGGUUUUUGGUUCUGGGAGGACACGGACACGAUCAUGGCGACCAUUCCCACGAUGAUGAGCACGAGCAUGGACACGAACAUGUUCACAAGCACGAUAGCAUUAUAGCCGCCGAGGAGGGUAGAGUAACCGCUACAGAGGCAUUGGCAGACGAGAACGCCCCGGUGGGAGAUAUUCUGCCCGAAGUUGCGGUAGCAAGAGCCCGUGCUGCGAACGCCUCGCCAGAGACCGUUCGUCACAUCCAAUUCGAGCAGCUAGGAAAGGCGGACCACCACGAACGAGGCGCCAGUCGGAGCUCCAUUCCUAGGGGAAGAGAGCGUCGACGCGCAGGUAGCCUUAAGCAUAGUCGCUUAGCUAGUAUUGAUGACUUCAGCAUUCAUCCGGCCAGCUUUAGACAGGACAUCAUCGAACAUAGCCGAUCUAGCCGUAACGAGGAGACUGAUGAGAGUUCUAUCGACGAUGAUUAUGCGGAUUCUCCUGUUUGUGAGGAAUCUGCUAUUGACGAGACCACACCCCUGGUAGCGAACGAGCGUGUGGCAGAUAAGGCGUCCGCCCACAAGGGUUACUCAAGCCGGUCGAGAAGUUCUCAUCAUCAUCACCGUGCUAGACGUGACUCAGGGACGCACUUGGACCACCAUCAUAACAGGCCGGCGUCCAAGUCGAAGAAGGGACACGGUCAUGGCCACAACCACGCCGACAUGGGCAUGAACGCUAUGGUCCUCCAUGUCUUGGGCGAUGCUCUGGGAAACGUUGGCGUCAUUGCUACCGCUUUGAUUAUCUGGCUAACUGAUUGGUCGGGACGAUACUAUGCUGAUCCGGCUGUGUCAUUAUUUAUUACGCUCAUCAUUCUUAAAUCGGCAAUUCCUUUGACGAAAGCGACGGCCCAGGUGCUGCUACAGGCUACGCCAGAUCACAUCGAUCUCCAGGACAUUAAAGAGGACAUCCAGGCUCUACCAGGCGUAAUUAGCUGCCAUCACGUCCACAUCUGGCAACUUUCCGACACAAAGGUGAUCGCGUCGCUGCACGUGCAGGUCGCGUUCCCCAUCACGAGUGAAGGGGGAGAGAAGUACAUGAAGCUCGCUAAACAAGCACGGAAAUGCCUUCAUGCCUAUGGCAUCCAUAGCGCCACCAUCCAACCCGAGUUCUGUCUGGAUCAAGACUGCAUUCCCAUCGACGACGGCUCUAUGACGCUUGACGGACAAGCCUCGCCACGCUACCCACCCGAUGUGUGUCUUCUAGAAUGUGUAGAUGAUUGCGUGGGCCAAGGUUGCUGUCCGCUGCCUUCCCGAACCGGCUCUAAGGCAGGAUCGAGCCGCAGGUCUAGUCACUCGGUAUCUCACGAUCACAACGAGGAUAGCAAUCACGGACAUGGACAUGACCACUAGGGGAGAUUUGGCCGACAGAGAGAAGAAAAUACUUGUAACUUUAAACGUUCAUUAAUAUUGGGCUGUCAUUAUGGUGUGGGAGUGGUACGGUACUGGUCGGCUCUGACUAGACAGACUAGAUGAGCGCCUCUUUUGUUUUCUAGUACAGGUCUAAUAGUGCGUAGGCGUUUAGGGCGAAAAGGGAGGGCGAGGGUGGUCAAUCACAAUGUACAGGUCAGGCUCCGAAAUGCAUAUUUAUUACAUAUAAUGCAAUGCAUUUCAUUCCUUGCGAUGCUCGAGCGGGCGGUGGCAUAUAGAUGCAGAUUUGUAUUAUUACUCGGUACAUACGGUCUAUACGACGUGUACAUAUAGUCUUAAGUAUAUGUAACUAUAUGCCUAGGAUACUAAAGAUGAGGCUCAUGAGAUACCUAGGUUAACUCAUCGCGAAUGGAUAUCGUAUAUUAGGUACUUUGGUAUGUAUUAUGUUAGGUAGGUAACCUAGGGAGUUAUAUCCGACGUAGCAUUUCACGUGGACGUGGACAUUUGAAACUGGGCGUUUGCUUCACUCAGCCCCUUUUUACCCUUUGAAAUUUAAGCAUUAGCAAUAGCCGCACGGACG